AUGCCAGUCAACAUGGCAGCCGAUUCCGCUAACAAUGGGCUGCCAGCCGAUCUGGCCCAUGGCGACAACAACCACCCCGUCACCGAUGCUGGGGAUAGAUCCUGGCCCUCCGCCGACCGACAGACUCCCGACAGCAGCCACAAGCUGAGGCUGACAAAUUCCAACCCAAGUCCGUCGUUGCCUGGCUCACUGCAAGGUGCCCCCUGGCACGAGGAGGCCCCUCGAAAGAGCAGCGAGAGAAACAGGUCGCGCCAGAGAAGCGGGCGCUCCGCCAGCGGCCAGGUUCGUACUUGCAAAAAGUGCGGCGAGCCCUUGACUGGCCAGUUUGUUCGUGCUCUCGACGGCACCUUUCAUCUCGACUGCUUCAAGUGUAGAGAUUGCGGUGAAAUUGUAGCCUCCAAAUUCUUCCCCGCGGACGAUGAGAACGGCGAGGGCCAGUAUCCCCUCUGCGAAACCGACUACUUCAGACGCCUGGGCCUCCUUUGUUACCAGUGCGGCGGCGCCCUGCGCGGUUCAUACAUAACGGCUCUGGACCGCAAAUAUCACGUCGACCACUUCACCUGCUCCAUGUGCGACACAAUAUUCGGUGCCCAAGACAGCUACUACGAACACGAUGGCAAUGUCUACUGCCACUACCAUUAUUCCACUAGAUUCGCCCAACGAUGCAACGGCUGCCAGACUGCCAUUCUCAAGCAGUUCGUCGAGAUUUUCCGUAAUGGCCAGAACCAGCACUGGCACCCCGAGUGCUACAUGAUUCACAAGUUCUGGAACGUUCGCCUCGGCCAGGCUUCAGACAAUCCUCAGCCACCGCUUGACAUGGCCGACCCUGCGGAUAGAGAAUUAAUCCGCGUCGACGAAGAGCGCAUGGAAGAUAAAGUAUACCGUAUAUGGAGUGUCUUGUCGACGUUUGAGGAAUCGUCUGCAGCCUGCAUUUCAGAUAUGCUCCUUCAUGUCAGCAAUGGAUCCUACGUCGAUGGUGUACUCGUGGCCAAGCGCUUCAUCUGGCAUGUUGAGAUUCUGUUUCGUUCGGCGGACAGAUUAGAUCAACUGAUCACGCAGAAAUGCGAAAAGGGCAUGUCAUAUGGGCGUGAGGCAAAGCUGCUCUGCAAAAAGAUUGUGUCCUUCUUUUCGCUCCUGUCGAAAACGCAAGACGCCGAUGCGCGUAAACUUGGUGUCACCCAGGAACUCCUCUCACUCGUUACCGGAUUGGCACACUACCUUAAACUCUUGAUCCGUAUCUGUUUGCAGGGUGCCCUGCGAUUCGAACGCGAGACGCAGGAUAGCGACGGUCUUCAUCAGUUCCUCGACGAUCUCAACGAUUUUGAGUCGUUCAAGAAUGACGAGACAUCAAACAUGAUUGAUGGCCGUCUCGCUGCCAAGGACUCGGACCACUGCGGCGUCUGCAGACGAUCUGUCGAGGACGAAUGCGCGACGAGCGGCGAUUUCAGAUGGCACUUGACCUGCAUGCGAUGCUCGAGAUGUGGUCGUGAACUUGGCCGUGCGCUCGUUGAAGCGUGCUACAACACAUUUGAUCGCAAGAUCACAUGUACAAAUUGCGCGCUGCCGCAGCAGUCUGAAGCAUCUCUAGCCCUCGAGUACGUCUCAAAGCUACAGCAGUAUGUGUUUCUACUCAAGGUCGCACUUGCGCGACUGCUGGACAUUCUCCGAAGCAACGGCACGAUCCCAUAUGCUCCAGGCGAAAAGCCCGCUAACGGGCUUGCUGCCGAUCGCCCCAACUUUGGCGCGGACAACCGAUCCAAGUCGUAUUCUGCGACUGGAGAUAAGGAGCAUCAUCGGGAAUCGACGUAUGGGGAUACGUUGAACGAGGUUCGGCGGCUUAGGAGCACGCGUCUCGAUCGACAUCUUUCAUCCAGCGUCAGGCAUGCCCGCACAUCUAGAGUUAUGGAUACUGAUGGGCGCGGCCCGCGCGCUGAAUCGCCUGCCCAGGGCGAGAUCAAGCACGCACCUCAAAACUCUACAGACAUGAUGUUUGGGCAGAAUGAUGCCAUCACACUCGACGACAUCCCCCGUAUUGUCGCCGUAGAGCAAUCCAAGGAGCAGCAGCAACGAGAAUUGGCUCAAGAAUCCCGACGACCCGCUAUGGCCGACACUGGCAUUACCACGCGCCACCAGAGAACCUUGUCUGCCAGUCAGAACCAAGAUGUGCGCGCGCCUGAUCCGCUGCAGACAAGACUUGUCCGCAAGUUCUUCCCAGAGCUUUCCGCACUCGAAUACUUCAAUGUUCGGCACUUGGCAGUGCUCACAAUGCAGCCCAUGCUUGAGUCCGACUUCAGUCUCGAUGAGCUAUUGCUAUUUAUCGAAUCAAGGAAACAGACGUUCUGGAAGAACCUGGGCAAGGCUUUCAAGAACGACAAGAGCAAGAACGUGAAGAAGAAGGGUGUCUUUGGCGUGCCGCUCGAGGUCAUUAUUGACCGCGAUGGUGCCGAAUCGACGGACGGUGUCGGACCUGGCACUCUUCGUAUUCCUGCCAUUAUUGACGACAUUAUUUCCUCUAUGCGCCAAAUGGAUCUCUCUGUCGAAGGUGUUUUCCGAAAGAAUGGCAACAUUAAAAAGCAGCAAGAGAUGGUUGAUCGCGUCAACAACGAAGGCUGCGAUCAAAUCAACUUCAUGGAGCAGCCUGUGAUCCAGCUCGCGGCUAUCCUGAAGCGUUAUCUUCGCGAUCUGCCCGACCCGCUGAUGACGCACAAACUUUAUCGGCUCUGGAUUGGCGCCGCCAAGAUUCCCGAUCCCGCCAGGCGCAAGCAGUGUCUGCACUUGACGUGCUGCCUGCUACCCAAGAGCCACCGUGACUGCCUGGAAAUUCUGUUCACGUUUCUGAAAUGGGCCGGCACCUUUCACCAGCUGGACGAGGAAGUGGGCUCCAAGAUGGACGUCCGCAACCUUGCCACCGUCAUUGCACCCAACAUUUUGACCAAUGCCGCCAAGGCGCCCGCGCUGGACAGUGAGGCCAUCUACGUCAUUGACGCGGUCGAAAUUCUCAUUACCCAUAUCGAAGAGAUGUGUCAUGUUCCCGACGAGCUCCUGACGCUGCUCAAUGACCCGUACCUGUUCAGCAGCAGCACCGAGAUCACGACGAAGGAGAUCUUGAGGCGCUUUCAGGACCGCCGCGGGCAAAUUCCAGCUGGGGACAUCACAGAAGUCUACAACCGGCCAGACAUCACCAGCCGCUCUCCGCCAAAGAGAGUAGAGACUGACCCGUCGCUGUGGCAAGGCGAGCGUACAGUGCGCCCCGUUCAGGAUCCGCCGGCUUCCUAUGCCACGUCGAACCAGGGCACGCCGUCGCAAAGGUGGCGCAACCCAGACGACCCGUCACCAUACCAAAAUAGCAACUACAACCGCUCCGAGGGCCACCUGGCGCAGGGUGAGCACAACCCGCGCGAGUGGCGAAACUCUGGCUUCCAGCAACAGCAGCAGCAGCAGCAGCACCAAGGAGGCCUCGGCGUCGGAAACAACAUCUGA